GACAUGUCCACGAGCUGCGCUAGCCUGCGACAGCGUGAUCUGUCUUUUCUGAAAUAUCUUGUUAAUUAACCUAGGAAUUAUUCAGAGUCUGUUAAGGACUUAUUAGAGGAAGAAUGGUGAAAACAAGCUCCAAAUCAUCUCAUCAUAAGGAGACGAAUAGAUUCAAGUUUCAAACCUUCUCAGAUCGAAUAGCUCACAUUAAUAUCGAUGUCGUGCACAGGAGUAAGAAGACUCAGGCUGAGCCCCAGGAUGCAGAUUCAUUUUUUGCUGAAGGCUUGGCGAAGUGGAGAGAGCUCAAUUGCACUCAAGAUUUUGUCAACUUCAGCCAUGAGAUAUCUGAUCAAGUUCAGAGCUUUGCUCAACUUGUCCACUUUGAAGACCAGAUAGUCUUGGCAUUGCAGACCCAUCUGAAGGUACCCAACAGCAUGGCUUAUAUACCGUUACUUGACCUCGUGGUUCAGCUUGCGAGAGAUCUCCAGACAGACUUCUACCCUCAUUUCAAAGAUUUCUUUGAGAUUGUCGUUUCUCUCUUGGACACCCAGGAUACGGAGCUGAUAGAGGGCGCUUUCCAAUGUCUGUGUUACAUGUUCAAAUAUCUCUGGAGAUAUCUGGUUAGAGAUAUUCAAGACGUUUACAAGAUGUAUUCUCCUCUGUUGGGUGAGGAGCGUAAGGAGUACAUUAGACGUUUCGCUGCCGAGAGCUUUGCGUUCAUGAUGAGAAAGGUGAAAGAUCAUGGGGAUUUAUUUGACUUCAUGCUUGGAAACCUACAGGAUAGCCCUCAGCAAGCCAGAGGUCUAGGUCAUCUAUUGUUUGAAAUGUUGAAAGGAGUUAGACAUCAGACUCACUCGUCAGCUGUAAGGAUUUUACCUGUGUUACUGUCUCGUCUUGGUCCUUGUCGCCAUGGUAACGAGAAUGCAGUCAGUCUUCCAUGGGACUUGGUCCUGGAAUGCUUUCAGGAGAUGUUUAGGUGUCUUACUAAAUAUCUGAAGAGAGAGCAUAGCCAGGUCAUAUGGGAUGCACUAUUGAAUGAGGCAUCGUUUCUUGAAGGCCAGACCGACGCUGCUGGUCAGUUGGACAGCUUGGUACAGCUUCUUGACCAGAUGACCAGAUUUCGCAAUGGAAGUUUGAUUGCAAAUCCAAGACAACUCCCUCAGUAUGCUGUAGAAGCUGUGAAGCAGCAAUCACUGCCAGAAGCCUAUGGGAAGACGUCGCUUAGUCUUGUCUCCAGCCUACUGCAAGCAACCAACGGAAAUCUACACCAUGAAGAUACCACUGCUCUUGUUGAUUCGGUAUAUCGGAGCAAUUACAGCAGUCAGCUUGUCUUUGAGUUCAGCCGCUCGGUUUUUCACAUCGAUAAUUUUGAAGAGGAUGUUCUACCCGCAUUUUGUGAAUACUGUCAUUCCAAGAUGGCUGCUCAGGAUACUGUUACCAUGGAGACGAUGUUUCUAACAUUGGCUGAUCUUGUUACCACCAAGCGGACGUCUGUGACGGUGGGAGAAGACAUCGUCGACUACAGUCCGUACCCGGUAGACUUCAGCCGACAAAUACACAUCAGUAAGGCCAAGAGGAAACAAGGGAAGAAGGAGAAAGACAGUGCAAGGAGUGUACCAGCCUACCUUACAUCGUUCCUUCACUGUCAUGAGGACUAUAAGGAAUCUCAUCUCUGGGCUGCUCUCGUCUGCAUUCCUCAUGUCAGACCUGUGGAUAAGUCAGAAUGCUGUAAGAAGCUCCAGGAUGUUGUGUUGCAUCUUCUUGAGGCUGCUCUGAAAUUAACACCACAAAAGGAAGAAACCAAGUUAUACAUCCUCUCACAAGCCAUCCAGAGUCUCCUUCUGACCAGAUCAGACUCACCCAGUUCAGUCCUGGGUGUAGAUAGAAUCAUGGCUCUUGUUAAACGUCACCCGUCCUCACCGUCCGUCCUCCUAGCUGUAGAUUGUUUUCUUAGCCUGUGUUCUAAGAUGGAUGAUGAUGAAAUCCUGACUUCUGAUACUUUAACAUCUCUUUAUGAAGUACUGGAACAGAACCUAUCAUUACCACAUAGUCAGGUUCGUCGGCUUACUCUAAGAAUACUUGACAAGUUUCCUGUUGUCUUGCCAGCUAUCGAAGACCAGACAAUGCCACCAGUAUCAGUCUUCAGACUUUGCCUGGAAGCUGAAGAGGCUCCGGUAACGGUAGAUAAGUACCGUGAGAAGCUCAAGUGUUUGGGUCAUUUACAGUAUAACACCGUGAAGAACAAUAUACCAAAAGGAUUUGAAAAGGUUCCUUUGAAGUUCCUACUUGGACAACUGUACAUCAACUUCCAGCUCUUAUGGGAGCCAGUGGCUGACCUUAUCAAGUCACAUGCCUAUGGCAUGGAGAAGGUGUCUUUUUGGAGUGUUUUCACCGAAGCCCUACACAGCGCCGCCAAACUGAAUGAAGACAACCUCUUCUACCAUCGAUCAUCAUCUUUCUAUCAAACAUUGCACACCGCCCCCCAAAAGCAUCGAGUCACAACCGUCCAACAUGGAAGACUUUUUCAUCGUCGCUACGACGAUGAUAUGCAGAGUUCCGAUCGGCCGGACCACAUUAAUUUUCGACGACUGUUGUGGAAGGCGAUGGAGGGUUUCGUUGUGAAGGCGGAAGGACGAUCUCGAGAGCUCUCGCCACUCUUGCUUCGAUUCAUCAAGAAUGAGUAUUAUGUGACUGAUGUGAACAGUGCCCCCACUCAGGACCUACGACUGGUCAAGAAUGAACCGACCAGCCAAUCAGGAGAUGAUGAGGAGGAUGAGAAGGAAGAUCAUAAAGGAAUGAAGAAACGACCGGUCUACAGGUCUAUCCUAGCCCAUCUCCAUCUAUUCAGCAAGUACAAGGAUCCUAAAUCCCUAUAUCUUGAGCCUCAACUCAGAACACUUUACAUGAACCUGCUCUCAAGUAGAAACGCAGACAUUCAGAAGGCCGCCCUCGCUUGCCUGUAUACGUACAACUACAGAUAUCUGAUGCCGUACAAAGAACAGCUUGAUGAGUUAAUGGAUGACAAGCUCUUUAGAGAUGCUUUGGUUCACUUUGGUAUUGAUGAAAGCACUGGUAUUGUUGACCCUCUCCACAGAGAAGGACUGCUGCCUAUUCUUUUCAGGAUCCUGUAUGGGAAGAUGUUGAGUAAGACAAGCCCUGGAACCCAAGGCAAAGGAGGUAUAGCGAUCAGGAGAUCGGUCAUUCUUAGGUUCAUCGCUGGUUCUACCCCGGAAGAGAUGAAGGUCUUCAUGGACCUUGUAAUGGAGCCUUGUAAACAUCUUAUCAAAGAUGAUCUACGUACCAUGCGAUCUGAGUGGCUCUCACAAGACCUUGGUGCAGUCGUUCCACUCAGAAAACAACACAGUAUGCUAGACACCAUCGGAGUAAUCUUCAGUAAACUAGGUCAUCUGAUGGACUCAUACCGCCCUCUGCUGUUCCGUUUGAUCACAUGUGCCGUGGCCAGCUACAAUCUGUUGUUGUCAAGGAGAGAUGAACUUCAGCUGUUCUGUAGAAACCAAGUGAAGAAUCUACGUCAGGUCUGCAUGCAGAGACUGAUCGAGUUCUUCGGCCGAUUCAACGAGUAUCCCUACUCGGAGACUGAGAUUGACGCUGUGUUUGAGGGAGCUGUGUAUCCUCAGUUGAAGGAGCUGACUUCGCAGAGUGUAGGGGCUCCGUCACCGUUACUCAGGCUAGCUUUCACCUGGAGCCAGUACACUAGAUACCACCAUCUACUAAUAAAGCCCCACCCCGAUGACCUCAACGUGACCUUACUGCAUCAGGUCAUAGGCCUUCUCUCGGUUCCCAAGGUCUGUCAGCCGGUGGUUGCCAUGGUGAUGGACAUCAUUGAGAAUCUUCUGAUGUUGAAGACCGAGGAGGAGGAGGAGGAAGUUGAGGCCGAUCUUCAGGACGAAAAGGAAUCUAAACGGACAGGUGGUCUGAGCGCCGGCAUAUCUAUGCUUCUACCUCACAUUCCAGCUAUUUUGACACAUCUCAAUAGUGCAAUCAAAAUACAACACAAGCCUGGAUCAAAGACUACCCCGUCAUUGCCUGUCAAAGAGUUAGGCAUCCUCUAUAAGAUGAGUGGUUUUGUUGAAGCGUCGGAUCUUUGUUCAUCUCUCGUUGGAUUGCUGCUGCCGUACCUUCAAAAGUCAGCUAGAAUAUCAGAGAAUACAGAGGUUGAGAUCCUGAGUACUAUCAAAAACUUGAUGAAACUGAUAGAUGAUACAAGCUGCUUCCUAAACCCAGUAUCCCGGCUUCUCUACCGCACAACAUCCCGCACCUCGCGCCUUGUCCUCGUCCAAAUCUUCUCCGCCAUGGCCACCAAAGACUCCGCCCUCGACGACAUCGCCCGCACCGUAUCCCGCCUGAAUGCGUGGGACAGGAAACGCUUGGAUGAACCCGAUUACACGUUACGUCUGAAAGCGUUCCGACUAGCCAAUCAGAUGUUGGAGGAUGAUAGCCGGAAGUUGGACGUGCGGUUCUUUACUCCUCUCAUCCACAACUGCUUCUAUUUCAUUCUCAAGAUUGAUGACAUGGCGUUGAGGGAUAACUCUAGCCACAUGAUCAACGGUGUCAUCAAGAAGCUCCAGAAGGACGACACGGCUUUCGUGACGAUCGUUGAACAUACCUUUAUCCCAGCGUUGAGAGAUGGUCUGAGGGCUAAGACAGAGGUUGCUCGCCAUGAGAGUUUGGCCAUCCUCUCUCAGCUGGUCCAAGCCUUCCCCUCUCAUCCACACUUUGAGACCAUGUCGGUGCUUCUUGAUCCUGACGUUGAAGUAGAUUUCUUUGAGAAUAUCAGACACAUACAGCAUCAUAGAAGAAUGAGGGCGCUUCGUCGCCUCUCCAAGUUCUGCCAAGAAGGGAAGCUAUCGGGGAAAGUCGUCCAGCAUUUUCUCCUUCCCGUGGCGACCUCGAUGAUCUUUGACCCCGAGGUCGCGAAGAACAUGAACCUGGUGGUGGAGGCCAUCGCGGCUGUGGGUGGUAUGGCUACCGUGUUGUCAUGGCAACAGUAUCUAAGGCUUCUAACCCAGUAUCUGAGGUUGCUCAUGAGGAGCGUAGAAUUUCAGAAGUUGGCCGUCAGGUUGAUUGUUGCUGUUUUGGAUGCAUUUCACUUUGAUCUUUCAAUGUCUGCUGGACUAGAAGACAAGGAGAAACCAGUCACACAAGAUGAAAAUCAAGAUGGCCGCGAUGAAACUUCCACCGGAGAGAAAGAGAGUACCGAAGCCAAGGAAGAUGGAGAUGAUGUUGAUGAUGAUGAUGAAGAAGCUGAAGAAGAAGAUGAGGAAAGCGAAGAUGAUAGUGGUAUAGAUGAAGAGAAGGAUAAGAUAGAGAAAGAGAAGGAGAAACAGGUCGCCAUAGCAACUAGGAUUCAUCGUACCAUCGUCCGCAGCAUCCUGCCUCAGCUUCAUAAGAUCAUCACCAAGAAGACUAGAAGCGAAGGAGAACACAAGAAAGCAAGGAAUAAGAUCGCCCAGGAUGAAGAGGUUCUAAGAGUACCCAUAGCUCUAGCCGUCAUUAAGCUGCUCCAAGCACUCCCAAAAGAAACUAUGGAUCAACAUCUGUACAGUGUGCUGUUGAAGGUGUGUCAGAUGUUACGAAGCCGUUCCCUGGAUAUCCGUAACAUCACCAGGGACACUCUGGUCAAGAUCCUAGACUCGUUGGGUGUGAAAUACUUUGGUCUUAUCCUCAAGCAGCUCAGGAACAGUCUUACAAGAGGGUUUGAGCUUCAUGUUCUCGGUUUUACUGUCCACCUGCUGCUCAAGAACAUCUCUCCUAAGUUGACCUCUGGUGACCUCGACCCCUGCUUAGACUCACUUACACAGGUCUUCAACCAAGAACUCUUUGGAGCAGUGUCGGAGGAGAAGGAAGUAGAAGGCAUUGUGGGAAAGCUGCUUGAAGCUCGGAGCAUAAAAGCCUAUGAUUGCUAUGAGGUGGUGUCAAAGUUCGUAGGUCAAGGGUCAAUCACAAAGCUGAUCACUCCUUUGAAAGAGAUUCUGGAUAGAUCCAACAGCCAUCGGGCGGUGAACAGAGUCCGGGAGACACUGCGGAGGUGCACUAUGGGUAUCCAAGAGAAUGCUGGGAUAUCCCAGGAGGCUUUGCUCAUCUUUAUCCAUGGACUGACAUCAGAAACGCUUCCUCUGCUCAAACCAACUGCAAAGAAUGAGAAGAAAGACAGCGUGAAGCCACAUGAACGACCGCCGAGUACGUACUUAUUACUCCCAGCACCAACAAGAGCGGGUCUGGUACCCGAGACUAGCACCAAGACUCAUAUUCAUCUGCUCGUUGAGUUCGGUUUACAGUUGCUAAACACCAGUUUGAAGAGAUCCAAGUUUGUACCAAGUAGCGAGGAGCAUCUUGGGAUGCUUGAUCCAUUCAUAGUCAUCUUGUAUCGGUCGAUGGAAUCGCAACAUACGCGGGUCAUCACAUGCGCACUAAGAUGUCUAAGCUGGCUGCUGCGUUUUCCACUGCCCUCGUUGGGCAAAAUGAUAAAGCAACUGACGCAAUCCCUCUUUAGACUGCUUCGUAAACAUGCAAGAGUCGGGGCAGCGAAGGGCGACAACUUUGAGCUCAUGGUUGUCACUUUCAAGGCUGUGACGGUUCUGAUCCGUGAUGUCAAACUCUACACCAUCAAUGAGAAGCAAUUACAAGUCCUGCUUGCCUACGCAGAAGAGGAUAUUCAUGAUUACACAAGACAGGCCACUGCAUUUACAAUGCUCAAGGCCAUUAUGACUCGGAAGCUCGUAGCUCCUGAAAUCCACGGCAUCAUGGGUAAAAUCUCUGAGCUCUCCAUCACGCAACAAUCUAAUGCUGUCAGAUUACAAUGCAGACAGGUGAUGCAUCAGUUUCUACUAGACUACCCACUGGGCAAGAAGUUAAAGCGCCAUCUAGAGUUCUAUGUGAAGCAGUUGAGUUUCAGUGUAGAGUCUGGACGAGAGUCCGCCUUAGAGAUGUUAGCGACCAUCUUCUCAUCCUUCCCCCAGAAACUUCUUGUAGAGCAUGCUGGAUUGUUCUAUAUCCCCAUGGCAACGAGGCUCGUGAAUGACGACUCGGCUAACCUCAGAAGACUCAAUGCGUUGGCAAUCGUCAGUCUGCUUGAGAAGUUAAGCCUGGAGAAGCGUGACGAGUUGUUUGGCAUAACCCUUCACUGGUUAAAAGACAUCAAACCCUCUCAUAAGAGAUUAGCGGCUCAGCUGAUGGCUAUAUUUGUGGAUGCGGAGAGAGAAAAUUUCAGUCGACGUCUUUCAGAGAUACUACCCGUCAUCACGGAUAUUAUCAAACCUGAAAAUUUGAUAGAGGAGGAACUAGGAGAGGAGAAUGAGGUGAAAGCUCAAGACCAUCUCAUGUUUCAUAUCAUGUCGGCUCUGUGUAAAAUCACCAAACAAUGUCGGCUUUCUACCUUUAAAGACCAACCUGAAACGAUCACAUCUAUGUGGGAAUCUCUGGAAUCGCAUCUCCUGCACCCUCACUCCUGGGUCAGACUGAUGGCUGCCAGACUCUUCGGAGAACUCUUUGCUGCCUGGCAGCCGCAUCAUCUGGUUGCCAUAGUAACGGGCAAAGAUACGUCGGAAGCUGCACCCGUCACCCCUUCAUCUGAGCGACAUCAGAAGAAGAAAAAAAAGAAGAAGGGGAUGACGGUUGCGCAAGAUGGAGGAGAAGGUGGCGUCAAAGCAGACGACGGUAAGAGGAUGGAUUAUCUCCAUGGUAACCUGGUGCAAAGGAUGCUGGGAUUGGCGGAUAAGUUCUGUAAGCAGCUUAAUUCAAGCAUGGUCACCAAGGAGUUGGCAGAACAGGUGAUCAAGAACCUCAUUUUCAUUUCCAAAGUGGUGAGGAGAUUGAAGCCUGAAGAUAAGGUAGAACAGAUAGAAGAUGAAGAUGAAGAAGCGGAAGAAGAGAAGAGAGAAGGAUCGACAGAAGAGCUGAAUAUGUCAUUGCUUGUUAAGAGGAUGAGCAGGAUAGCAGCUACUGAGGUUGCAAAGACUCCAAAGGUCACCCUAAAGAGGAAGUCGGUAAUCAAGUGGAUGGCUGCAAUUGCGUUAGACCUAGGUCAAAGUUCUCUACAGUGUUACCUUCCCAGCAUGCUUCAUGUUGUGGGACGAGAGGUCAAUGAUCGGUCAGCCCAAGCUGAUCCUGAACUGAAGACGCUAUGUCAGGAGGUCCUGGAAUUGUUGAAGAGCCUAGUUGGAUUAGAUGUAUUCUCAGAAGUCUACGCGUCAGUCCAACGUGAUUCCAGUGAAACCAGGUUGGCCAGGAAGAGGAAGAGGGCUUUAGAGGCUGUGGCUGAUCCUGAGAAAGCGGCUCUGAGGAAAAUGAAGAAGCAACUCUUGAAGAAGGAAUCAAGGAAAAGAAAGCUCCAGCAAAUGAGACCUACGUAUCAUAUAACUAAGAGACCUAAGAAAACAUGAGAGUAGCCCAGGGGAUGUAUUUAUCCUAACGUGUGAUGGAAAUGGAUUGAUCCUUGUAAGAUACAUGCAUGAUUUAUUAUCAAUAGGUCUAAUGCCAAUUCGUCCGAUUACCAACUCUUCUAAUAUCACUUGGACUACCAUCAGUUCGUCCACUAUCAACAUGGCCUAGUGCCCAUUUUGUCUAUAACCAGUUGGUCCAAUAGCAAUUUGGUCUCAUUGGACUUGGUGUUAAUUGGGCAAAAUGAAUGAAAAUAGAAUGGAUAUUACACCAACUGGCUAUGAGACAAAAGCCAGUGUGGCUUUGGUAUCUACCCCUGUGCAAACUUUACAUGAAUUGGAAUUAAUACAAGAAUCAUGCCAUCAAACAGUAUUUGUAUUUCAAGUCUUUUAAUUUCAAUAAUUUUAUAUAUAUGUAUAGAUUACAGUAUUUUAUACUGACAUUUUCAAAUCUACAUUAUGUGCAUCAAUUUAUGUUUAUGUACAAGCUUUAUUGAAGCUGAAGUCCAUGCCAGCAAACAUUUGGUUGAAUUAAGAAAAUUAAACAAGCAUAGCAGUGAAAAUGUAGAAAGUGGAUAUACCUCAAAAAAUAAGAAAGUUAAAACAUUUAAAAGUUUUUCUUAUUUCUAAAAAAAUAGUGGUUUGCAUAUCAUAGGCUUUAUGGAAAUGAUGUCACACACUAUUUCUUUUAAGGCCUGGUCACACCGCCCGAGCAUUGUUGGAGCGGUAGGGAGAGGGGUACAAUUUUA